AUGAAUUUCAGGAAGGAAACAUUGAAACGCUUGUCUGCUGUGGGCAGCGCAUUGGAGAAAUAUAUACUACAAGCCCAAAAGUCUUUGCUGACGGGAAAGCUGCAGCUUGGACUCGUACCGGUUGAGAUGGAUGCAAAUUUGGCCCAGGAACUCCAUGCGGUAUUGUUCAAAACUCGCCCAGCAUCUGCGGGGCAGACAGCAUCUGGAGUAACGGAAGAAGAAUUACAUGCCGUAAACAAUUUGCUUCGACAGCAAUAUCAGGAUCUGCAAGUUAUGGCUAGUGCGAAGGACGUCCAUGCUGUUGCAGCUGUUUACGAACGCGCGCAGCUAAUUAACGAAAAGCUCAAACACAUAUUGCAGAUGCAAAAGGAGAAGUUGAGUUCAGCUCUGAAGCGCCAGAAGCUCAGCAAGGAAGAGGCCAACGCUGUGGCUGAGGCCAUGGCGAAAAUUGCUGAGUCUGUCGUCAACGACAGCGAAGAUUUCUGGCGCUCUGCGCAUGAUCUUUAUGCACAGAUUGGUGGCAAGCCUGAAGAUGUGCUUAGCGUUGCUAGCGGCAAAGCGCUACUGCAAACGCUGUCAACUAAGAAAAAGUCUAGUACUCUUGAAAAGGUACAGGGUGCUUCGACCCCUCAGAAUGUUGCCGCAGACGCUGUGAAGAAAUACUUUGCCGAACCGUGGAGCAUGAUUGAAGGUUUGGCGAGAUAUCAUUGCUCGAGAGCGCAGGAAAUCGUAGAGGCGGCGAAGAAGGGGAAAAAGUACAAACUAGAUGGCGAAGGAUUUGGAUCAUCUGCAUUGGAUAAGAAGAUGAAACUUAGGGUUAUAGCUGUUGCGCGAAAAGCGGACACGGCACUUCCGCUGCUAAGAUUUCAAUAUUGUAUCUACCUGACCCUGCAUCGACGGCGUGGGCUGAAGUACGACAGCUGA